UAGUGAGCUAACUGCGCCUAACUUACCAGAGAAUUAAAGAGUAAGAAAAACAAGCCACUCGUACAAGGGGCGACGACGCUGAAGAAAGGUAGGCCAUGGCUCGCGGGCAGCAAAAGAUUCAAUCCCAGCAGAAGGCUGCCAAGAAGGCAGCCGAUAAGAAGAAAGGACAGGCCGCCGACCAAAAGAUUGCAGCCAAGGCUGCGCUUGUGCACUCGUGCCCAGUGUGCCGGACACAAAUGCCUGACCCUAAGACAUUCAAGCAGCACUUUGAGAGCAAGCACCCCAAGUCUCCCAUGCCCCCAGAGCUGGUUGAUGUCCAGGCUUAGAUGUCCUGGAGCUGGCACAGGAAGGAGAUUCGAUGGAUGAGGAAAGAGAAGAUGGAAGUCGAAGGAGGAGUACAGGGAUUAAUGGUCAUGGGUGGUGGUGGGGGGGGGACUUAGGGAUACUUGGGCAACAUUGACCUGAAAGAGGGCGGGCACCAGCACCCGUUUUUGUAUUUAUUUUGUGUACAUUUGGCCCCUUUAGAAAGAUAUCCCACUAUAAGGUGUACAGUUCUUACCCACUGACUAAGCACUGAUCGUCCUGAUGUAACAUCAAUAUAAGGACCUUAUUUACUGGUCAUUUGUCAGUUGGAAGUGUUAGAAUGUCCCUUUAUUUUACACCUUAAACUGCACCUCAUGCCAAUUUUUGUACACCUCUCACAUACUCUUGUGCAAAAUAUUGAUAAUCUGACGUUUUUGAGAAUGUGAUGCCAGUGUGGAGGAUACUGUAUUUGUAGUCCAGUGGCGUGUUUACCUGGUAUACCCGAGUCCUCAAAUCAUUCAAAUUUGGCCUGAUACCUACUAUACUUUGAUUAAAAAAAAUAACAAAGUGAAUAACUGAUUUCCAGGGUCCACACUGAUGCAAUGUUACGGUAUUCUGCAUGUUACCCUUUCUAAUAAAUUGAGCCGAAUAUAAAAACAUUCCGUGGCCUAUAUUUAGAUGUAAACCGAAAGAGCUGUUUUUUUAGGGAGACAGCUGUGGUUAUGGCAAGUAGCUGAACACCUUAAUGAGAACCUAUCUACUGGUCUGGUAUUUAUGCGAACACUUGUUUUAAAAUACAGAUUAUUUACGACAAGUCUGUUCACAUACCACCUGCCACUUCUGAUCUUUCAAUGGAGGUGUGUAUGUCCGCUUUCUGUCACAUAUGCAUCAAAAGGAGCCGUUGAUCCCAUGCAGAAGACUGCAGUACAUGGUGGAUCUUCACAUCAAUGUGAAGGCACUGUGCGGUCAGCUCUCCUGAAGUCUGCUCACUAAGGCGGACAAACUGUCAGUCCCUGUGUACAUAAGUGACUACAAAGAUUAGAUUUUUCAUUGCUACGAACUUGUACUGGUUAAACGUGUAAUUAAAGAAAUCUAGAACAUC